CACCCUAUUUUCACUUUCUUCGCUCACUGUCUUUGGAACUUAUUGUAUUUGAGUAUCUUCAAAAGAAAGAUAUAUAUAUAUAUAUAUAUAUAUUAUUAAUGGAUCAGGAUGCAAUAUUUGAUGAAGAGUGUGAUUACUUGUUCAAGGCAGUGCUGAUUGGUGACUCUGGAGUUGGGAAAUCAAAUCUGCUUUCAAGGUUUGCAAAAGAUGAAUUCAGGUUGGAUUCAAAACCAACCAUAGGAGUUGAAUUUGCUUACAGAAACAUCAAGGUCAGAGAUAAACUCAUCAAAGCUCAAAUAUGGGACACUGCCGGCCAAGAAAGGUUUAGAGCUAUCACAAGUUCGUAUUAUAGAGGAGCCUUGGGAGCACUGCUAGUGUAUGACAUAACGAGGCGAUCAAGUUAUGAGAGUGUAGGCAGAUGGUUAGUGGAGCUACGGGAGUUUGGCGGCGAAGAGAUGGUAGUUAUUCUAGUUGGAAACAAAUGUGAUCUUGGUGAAUCAAGAGAAGUUGAGGAAGAAGAAGCAAAAAGGUUUGCAGAGGCAGAAGGGUUGUGUUUUAUGGAAACCUCUGCUCUGAAGAAUCUGAACGUUGAGCAAGUGUUCUUACAAAUGAUCACAACUAUUUUUGACAUAACAAACCAGAGAAGUUUGGAUGCCAAAAUGGAUGAGACACCAAUUAAUCAUCUUUCCAAUGGGAAAGAGAUUCAUAUAGCUGAUGAAGUUACCGCAACUAAACAGGCUCCUUGUUGUUCGUGAUGAAACGGUCACCAUGAUGAUUUUGUCCUAUUCUCUUUGAUAUAAGUGAUGAUUACACUUAUUUUUUAUAUCAUACAUGAAUUUUUUAUUAUCACAUCACAUGCUAUAGAGAGAUUUUGUAGAAAGCCUUGGAGAAGAAAAAGGUUAUAAAUGCUUACAUUAUAACGAU